AGCUCAGUCAACUUCCUCUUGUGUUCUUGCUGAUUUCAAUCAUCCACUCUGGACAAACUGAAGAAAGACCAAAACCCUCAGCGAUCAUUAAACCUGCUCAACAUGUGUCCAGAGGAGAGAAAGUCACUCUCAGAUGUGACAUAUAUUCUGAUGGAGUCAUUAGCUGGAGCUACUACUGGCAUAAAGAAGGUUUAAGCAGUGUUUUGAGUUAUGGACAGGAACACACAUUCAGUUCUGUUACUGAGUCUGACGCAGGUAAAUACUCCUGUGAUGGAUUUAAUGGAUCACGCAUGUCUGACCGCAGUGAUGCAGUUACACUGACAGUAUCAGGUGUUUCUAAACCAGCUCUGACUGUUGAGUCUCAGAGUUCAGUGUUCACUGGAGACUCAGUUACUCUGAGAUGUGAGGGGAUUCAGUCACAGAAUGGAUGGGAGUUUCUCUGGAGAAAAGACUCAAACCCUGAAUCUACUGGAGCUGCAACUAAAACAAUCAAUUCUGUGACAGUCUCUGAUGGAGGAGAGUACAGCUGCAGAGCACGAAAAAGAGAAUAUUACACAGAUUACAGUAAACCAGUAGCAGUAACAAUAUAUGAAAAACCAAAACCCAAAGUGACCAUUAAACCUGCUCUACAUGUGUUCAGAAGAGAGACAGUCACUCUCAGAUGUGACAUAUAUGAUGAAGGAGUCACUAGCUGGAGCUACUACUGGUAUAAAGAUAAUUCAAGAAGUGUUUUCAGUGAUGGACAGAAACACACAUUCAGUUCUGUUACUGAGUCUGACGCAGGUGAAUACUCCUGUAAAGGAUCAGAGACAGAAGGAUCACGCUGGUCACAAACGAGUGAUAAAGUUAAACUGACAGUAUCAGAUCCCAGAGCAGUUUUAAGUGUUUCUCCUCAGAAGUGGUUGACUGAAGGAGAUCCAGUGACUCUGAUCUGUGAGGUUCACAGCUUCUCUACAGGCUGGACAUUCAGCUGGUUCACUUUAACUGACUCAGCAGAGAACAGGCAUCAGUAUAAUCUGCUCUCAGACAGCAGCAGAGGAGCAGGAGGAAACUACACUGUCAGUUCUGCUGUAAAUCACACAGGAGUUUAUGUGUGCAGAGCAGAGAGAGAGAAAUCAGUCUAUAAAACACAGCACAGCAACACACAGCAGCUGUGGGUCACUGGUGUUUCUCCUCCAGUCUCUCUGAUCGUCAGUCCCAGCAGAACUCAACACUUCACAUCUGUCUCUCUCUCUCUGAGCUGUGAGGACCAGAGCAACUCUACUGGAUGGAGAGUGAGAAGAUACACAGACAGUGGACGGCUGGAAGAUUGUUCUUCAUUACGUCGAGGAUCACGAACAGGAUCUACAUGUACAAUCAGCUUCACCUAUGCAUCAGACACUGGAGUGUACUGGUGUCAGUCUGAAUCUGGAGAGAAACAUCAUCCUGUUAAUAUCACUGUACACUCUGGUGUGAUUCUGGAGAGUCCUGUUCAUCCUGUGACUGAAGGAGAUCAUCUGACUCUACGCUGUUUAUAUCGACACACAACCGCUCCAAACCUCAGAGCUGAUUUCUAUAAAGAUGGAUCACUCAUCCAGAAUCAAACUACAGAGAUGAACAUCACUACUGUCUCAAAGUCACAUGAGGGUUUCUACUCCUGCAAACACCCAGAGAGAGGAGCGUCACCCAAGAGCUGGAUCUCAGUCAGACGAGUCUCAAAUGAACACUGCUUGUUUGAUUCAGAAUCUCAGAUGUGUGUCCUCAACAUACUCAGUUCUGUUCUGGCAGCUUGUCCAUAUCUGCUAGUGACAGUCGUGCUGAUUUUCAGAUGCUGCAGAAUGAGAGAAUCACUAAAGGAAAGAAGAGAACAGAAAAAAGAGACGACCAGAAACACAACAACAACUGACUUAAGCCACAGCCUUAGAUGAAAUCAACUGAAGAUAAAAGACAUUAAAUCUCUGAAGAUCU